AUGGUUGUUAGAGAAAGGGUACGUAAAGCGCUAAAUGAAUAUGUUGAUGAACAUCGAGAUAAUAUUUAUCAACAUGUAGAUAAAAAUCUUAUAAAAUUAAAAGCUGUAAUCGUUGAGAAAUUACCAGAUAAAGUAAUGGAAUUCUUAAAGAAACGUAUAGAUGAUGGAGAUGAUCAGCAUGAUACAUUUUUAGAAAAUGUAAUGCAAUUUGUUGGUUCAAUCAGCGGAAAGUUGUCUGAUGAUUUCAAAGAAGAUAUUAGAAAUUCCACCAGAGAACAUAUUGAUGAUGCGACUAUAAAUUCAUCUGACGAUUUGACCAAUUUAAUUGUUAAACGUAGCAAGGAAGUAAUUCUUGACAUGACAACUGAUAGUGAUGAUGAAGAAGAAACAAAAAAAAAGAAAUCGUCAUUUAGUAAAAAUUUGGAUUUAGGAAUUUUGAAAGAUGGUAAAGAAGGGAUCAUCAAUAGGAUUGUUGAGUUGAUUAAACCACCAAUUCAUGAAUCAAGUGAUGAUAUAAAGAAAAAGAUUGCCGGUAGAUUACCAGAUCAAAUUAAAUCUAAAUUGAUUGGUAAAAUUAGUGGUGGAUUCAUUGGUUCGAAAUCAUCAACAUCAGAUCGUGGAAUUUUUCAUAGUAGUGCUGAUGGAGAUAAAUCUGGUGAUAAAUCAGAAAGUAAAUUAAAGAAGGUGUUUGGAAUAUUUUCGAAAGACGAUAAAGAAGGAGAAAAGAAAAGCAAUUUCAUCAAUAAAAUUUUUGAUAAAUUACCUGACAAGAUUGAAGAAAUAUUAACACCAUAUAUCGUAGGAUUUGAACAGAGUGUUAUUGAACAUGUUGAAACUGAAUUGAGAAGCAACAUUUUCAGCAAUGAUAAAUUCAAAGGUGGUAAAUCAACCGAAUAA